AUGGCCGACAAGAAGGCCGCAGUCGCGUCCGGCGCUGACCCAGCCGGCGACGCUGCACGACGACGAAAUGUACCUGGUGUUACCCCUGGAGCUUUGGCGCAACAGUCGGAGCUCGACGAGAAGAAGAUUCACGGAAAGAAUAAGGAGACCUCUGUAUUAGAUGUACUCGAUCGGUGGGAAGUUAUUAUUGCGCCCCUAAUUUUCACGGCCUUCGCCAUCUUUACACGUUUAUGGAAGAUCGGCCUUAGCCCCAUUGUUACUUGGGAUGAAGCUCACUUCGGAAAAUUCGGAUCGCAUUAUAUCAAGCGAGAACUGUUCUUCGACGUACAUCCUCCUCUUGGUAAAAUUCUUGUCGGUCUUUCCGGAGUUCUAGCUGGUUACAAUGGAUCAUUCGAAUUCAAGUCUGGUGAAACAUAUCCCGAAGAGCUCGACUAUACCUUUAUGCGAGCCUUCAAUGCCUUCUGGGGAAUACUAUGCGUGCCAUUGGCCUACUACACUGCGAGGGAAUUGAACUUGAGGCGACCUGCUGUCUGGUUGGUUACGCUUAUGGUUCUAUGUGAAAACUCGUACACGACGAUUAGCCGAUUCAUCUUACUAGACUCUAUGCUUCUCUUCGGUACUGUCGCGACCGUCUUUUGCUGGUCUAAGUUCCAUCGCCAACAAAAGGAGAGCUUCGAGCCUGAAUGGUUCUUCUGGCUGUUUAUGACGGGACUGAGUUUAGGAUUCGUUUGUAGUAUCAAACUUGUCGGGCUCUUCGUCACCGCUCUCGUUGGUAUUUACACAAUCGAAGAUCUAUGGAACAAGUUUGGCAACGUCAAGAUGCCGGUUCCGGUGCUCGCCGGCCACUUAGCCGCUCGAAUCGUCGGUCUCAUUAUCAUCCCGUUCUUGGUCUAUCUGUUCUCCUUCGCGCUUCACUUUGCAAUCUUGACCAAGAGUGGGCCAGGAGAUGCGCAGAUGAGUUCUCUCUUCCAAGCAAACUUAGAAGGUAGCGAGAUUGGGCGAAACUCUCCACUUGAAGUUGCUAUUGGCUCUAAGGUAACCCUUAAGAACAUGGGAUACGGCGGUGGUCUCCUCCACAGUCACGUUCAAACCUAUCCCGAGGGUUCGUCUCAGCAACAAGUCACUUGUUACCAUCACAAAGAUGCCAACAACGAGUGGUGGUUCUACCCCAGCCGCCAGGAGCAGGAAUAUGACCCAGAAGAAGAACCUCGAUUCAUUGGUAAUGGCGAUGUCAUCCGUUUGAUCCACUCCCAAACCGGUCGAAACCUUCACAGUCACGAUAUCGCUGCCCCUGUUUCGAAGAGUCAAAAGGAAGUUUCUUGCUAUGGCAAUCUUACCGUAGGUGAUGAUAAGGACCAUUGGCAAAUCGAGGUUGUCAAGGAUGUUGCUUCUCGCGACAAGAGCAGGGUUCGAACUUUGACUACUGCUUUCAGACUUAAGCAUCCUGUGAUGGGAUGUUACCUGCGAGCCGCCAACGUCAACCUUCCGCAAUGGGGUUUCAAGCAGAUCGAGGUAACUUGCGACAAGACCAACAACCCCCGUGACGCCUUCACUCACUGGAACGUCGAGGCCCACACCAACGAAAAGCUUCCUCCUGGAGACCCGGGCAAGUAUAAGUCGCCAUUCUUCCACGACUUUAUCCAUCUGAAUGUUGCCAUGAUGACGUCUAACAACGCUCUUGUACCCGAUCCCGAUAAGCAGGAUGAUCUUGCUUCUCAGUGGUGGCAAUGGCCCAUUCUAAACGUCGGUCUACGUAUGUGCGGAUGGGACGACAAGAUCGUCAAGUACUUCCUCCUUGGCAAUCCUUUCGUCUACUUGGCUUCGACAGCCUCUUUGGGCGCUGUUGGCCUGGUCACUCUCUGGUACAUUCUCCGGUGGCGACGAGGGUUUUAUGACUUAACCCAGGAUGAUAUCGACCAAAUCCACUUCUCUGGUCUUUAUCCUAUUCUGGGAUGGUUCCUUCACUAUCUUCCGUUCGUCAUCAUGGCUCGAGUUACAUACGUCCACCACUACUACCCAGCCCUAUACUUCGCCAUCUUGAAUCUUGGUUUCCUUGUCGACUGGCUCCUAAGGAACCAAAAGAAGGCGAUUCAAUAUCCUAUCUACGGAGUCCUCUACACUGUCAUCAUAGGACUCUACAUCUACUUCAUCCCCAUCUGCUGGGGUAUGACGGGUAGCAACCAGAACUACAAGUAUAUGAAGUGGAUGGACAGCUGGCGCAUCUCCGACUAAGGGGAUGAAUUUUAAGCGCCACCGAGUAAAAAGGGGGACGAGCCCGAGGACUGAGGUAGGCUGUUCGGCCUCGGGACAGUGAUUCUCAUAUAGAAGCAGGACUAGACUAGGUAACAUGGUCCGAUCUGGUUAUAAUGACCAAAACAUCGAUUCAGAAAUCUCCAUCUCCUCUACUACUACUAUCUUCUCCGUUGUUUGAUGUAACGAUACGAAGGGCGAACUUUGCAUGAAAAAAGGGAAUCAAGAGAGUGGAGUUCACGGUGGUAACGUGGAUGAGGCAUAUUGGGAACACAAAAAAAGAUACUCAUCAGUAUACCACUUUCUAAUACAACACGCGAUUUUUCCUUUUCUUUCUAAAACAGAAAAAAGAUCUAUAUCAAGAGGUUCUUCAUGAUGAUGGGGGAUAAGUUACAAGUCACCAUGGUCACAAUAAUGAAAACGUUGAAGAUGAAUUC